AUGUGGCCUCAAUUUCCUCAAAAUCUAAAUUACCCUGAAAACAGCCAAUUCCUGAUGAAUUAUUCUCCACCACCUUGGGCAAUGGGUAAUUCCAGAGCAAAUUUUUUCACUCCAGAAAAUUCUAGUUCCCUCGGACGUAUAAAAAAUGAGCGUGAAAAAAAUCGAGCUACGAUUGAAAAUUUCGUAGAUUGUUGCCAGCCUGAAAUAAAGAUUACUCGAGAAAAAAAACCAUCGUUGAGUAUUUGCCAGGCCAAGGAAAUGCUCGCAAGGGCUUUCGGGGCUCUGCAGAAUUUGGAGAAACUGAAAAAAGAACUUUCCUUGGAUAUUGAAGAGGCGGAAUGGUCCCAAAAGUGGCAGGAGACUGAGAAGAUUCGGGACAGUUAUUGCAAAAUUAUCGGGGUAAUAGAACAGCCUGAAAGUGUUCUUGACGAGUUGAAAAAACACUUGAACCACCGGAAAAAGAAAAGACUUCGCGAGGCAAAGAAAAGAGCUCAUUGGAAAACGGAAAAAAAGUUGAAGCUCGAAAAACGAGCUCGACGACACGAUGAAGUUGAUUUCUGGAUUCGGGAGAAACGAGAAGCCAUCGAACGUGAUAAACAAGCCGAUAAUUUGCGGAAAGAUGCUGACAUUGUUCUAGCUGACGUGAGGUCUAAACGCAAUGACGCCAAAAAAUUUCUUGCUCUUCUCCAGGAGUUAAGAAAUCUCCGCAGGGUCAAAGUCAAUAUUGCCAGAGCGAGGGGAGAAAAUUUGCCAAUCGCUGCCGAUCAAGUAUUCGACAACAUUAUUGGUCAAUUGGUGGAACAAUGGAGUUGUCUAGAUGGUGAAUACUCGAUCGAGGAGAAAGGGUUGAAGCUAAUGCUGAAGGCAGAUAACGAGGAAAAGAUUGAAAAGCGUAAGAGGAGCACGUUCGACGAUUGGGAGAGAGUUUUGUUUGGAAGGAAAUUGCAAAAGUUGUGCGAUCCUCAUCGGAGCAAUGUUCAUGGUCUUUUGAGGAUAAGAAGUGCGUGGGACAAAUACGCAAAUUUCGAGAAGAUCGGUUCGCCGGUUCCAAUCGGCUGGAUUAUGCCUGUGCCACCAACCUCAGCCGCUUGGCAGAGAUGCCUUAAAUAACGAUUAUUUGUAUUAUUCAAUAAUGAAAAAAAAAUGUCACAGUAAUAAUUAAGCUAAUUUUUAUGAAUAAAAUCCACGAAACUUGUCGAUGCA